UGAGGAUGCUAGUUUACACUAUGCUAUCGCAUCUGAAGAAACCAUUAUUCCUGACCCCUCACCCGAAAUAGAACAUAGCCGGACAAAAUCCGAAGAAUUGGAGAUUCAAUGCUCUGCAUCACCCUCUGCAACCUCUUUACUGGAAGAUGAUACAUCUAAACAAAUGCCAGAAGAUGCAUCUGAUAUAUAUGAUAUCACUUCAAAUACCGGC